AUGUAUCCUGCUCAUCACACGCGUACCAAUCGCAGCAUAAACUUCGACAAGCGCCAGAUCCGGACGCUGGGCAACUUCCCCGGGUUUACAGGCUUCGGAGUCAUCAAGAAUCUCAUGCUGCCGCGCCCAUUCCCCGCGCUCGACACCGUGUUCUCCAGCAUCUUCCCCGGACAUAAUCUCGCUGCAGCAGCAUCGUUUAACAAGCCCGCCCUCGGCCGCCUAGGCACGCUACCCACCGAGCUCCUCGUAUAUAUCUUCAAUCUCUCAGACUUCGACGGCGCAGCGAUGCUCGGCGCCACCCACGCACACCUCUUCGUCAUCGGAUACGCGAGCAUCCGCGCACGCAUCCAGUCUGUCAAGCCGCGCACUAGCUGGGCGUACGACCGCAUCAUCUGCUUUGGCGACUGGGCGUGCACGCUCCCGCAUGGGUUCCUCUCAGACGCGGAGAAGCACCGGCUCAUGCGCUGGCGGAUUGCGCACAAGGACACCCUCGAUAUAGGCAUGGGCGCGCCGCUCGACGCCCUCCCUGAACGCACGGAGACCGAGACCGCAGAGGAGCGCGAGGAGCGCAAGCACGAGGUCGCGGGAUACGAGGACCAGAGCUUCCACCUGGCUGCGUACGCGAGCGGGAUGUUGCGGUACGAACUGAACUCGAGCAGCUCCUACCCUUCGCUCUCCGCCAAACUCGUGCGCAGGGCACACACCUCCCCCGUGGACCAGCGCCGCAUCCGGGGGCUUGAGGAUACGCUUUGGCGCGUCGCUGAUCGCGAGCUGAGGAGUCCGCGUGACGACGAGCUGCGCGAGGCCGUGCUCGUCAAUGCUACGAAGCGUGAGUUUGUGUGGGCGCGGGGCAGGGAGGAGGGCGGGCGCGGGGAAAUGACGAUUGAGAUUGCGCUUGCGGUGCUGACGAUCUGGGCGGGGGAGGAUGGGGAUGGUGAACCGGACGAGAAGAGGUAUACACUGGAGGGGGAGUGGGCGGGCGAUCGGCUGGCAAUUGUGUCGCAGGAGGAGGCGGAGAGGCUGAUGCAAACAGAGGAGGGCUGGACGGAGAAGAAGGUGAAGUGGGAGGACACCUGGCUGUGCGACCUCUGA